AUGGACUUUCAGGAGUACAGAAAAAGAGGCAAAGAAAUGGUGGAUUACAUAGCCGAUUAUCUUGAAAACAUACGCGAUCGUAAGGUGUUUCCGGCCGUUAAGCCGGGCUACCUGCGUUCCAUGAUGCCGGAGAGCGCGCCAAUCGACGGCGAGCCAUGGGAACAGAUCAUAGGCGAUGUCGAGAGGCUGAUAAUGCCCGGAGUAACACAUUGGCAAAGUCCGCACAUGCACGCCUACUUCCCGGCUUUGAAUUCGUUUCCUUCGCUUCUGGGCGACAUGUUGGCUGAUGCAAUCAAUUGUUUGGGUUUCACUUGGGCUUCGUCUCCAGCUUGUACGGAACUCGAAAUGAUCGUCAUGAAUUGGCUAGGCAAAAUGAUCGGUCUGCCCGAAGAUUUUCUGCAUGUUAGAAGCACGAGUCUGGGCGGCGGUGUCAUUCAGACAACCGCUAGCGAAGCAACAUUAGUAUGUUUGCUGGCUGGGAGGUCGCGGAUUAUACGCAAAUGCCAGGAAACCAACCCUAAAUUAUCGGAUAGCGAUAUAAACUCUAGACUAGUGGCAUACUGCUCCGAUCAGGCGCACUCCAGCGUCGAGAAGGCCGGACUGAUAGGUUUAGUAUUAUUGCAUUACAUCGAAUCGGACGAGGAUCUAAGCAUGCGAGGCGAUGCUCUGAAAAAAUGUAUAGAAGAAGACAGAAAAAAAGGACUGAUUCCUUUCUGGGUAUGCGCAACUCUGGGUACGACAGGGGCAUGCUCAUUCGAUAACUUAAUCGAACUUGCUGAUGUUUGUACAGAAGAAGAUCUGUGGUUGCACGUGGAUGCGGCGUACGCGGGCAGUGCGUUCCUCUGCCCUGAAUUUCGACAUUGGCUUCAAGGUGUCGAACGUGCAGAUUCGAUAGCCUUCAAUCCGUCCAAAUGGCUGAUGGUGCAUUUCGAUUGCACGGCUAUGUGGGUGAAAAACAGCGAAUCUUUACAUCGAACAUUCAACGUCGAUCCUCUAUAUUUGCAACAUGAAAAUUCAGGUCUAGCUAUCGAUUAUAUGCAUUGGCAAAUACCUUUGAGUAAAAGAUUUCGUGCUUUGAAAUUAUGGUUUGUUAUCAGAAGUUUUGGAAUAGUUGGUUUGCAAAAUCAUAUAAGACAGGGUGUAAAAUUAGCCAAAAAGUUCGAACUUCUCAUUAAAUCUGAUCCAGAUUUUGAAAUACCUGCUGCUAGGCAUUUAGGUAUGGUGGUGUUUCGCCUGAAAGGCGAGAACGAAUUAACCGAAAAGCUCCUAAAAAGAAUGAACAGUCGUGGAAAUGUCCACUGCGUUCCUGCUUCUUUAAAAGGAAGAUAUGUGAUACGAUUUACCAUCACAUCCCAGCGAACUACAAUUCAAGAUGUUUUGGAAGAUUGGGCAGAAGUUCGCAGAGUUGCUGAUGAAAUCCUUAAGGAACGCAAUGUGCAAAAUGGAUAUCUUGUAGGACCUACGAGGAUUAAAGUUCCACUUGGUGAAACCAGAGAAAGAAGUGAUACUUUUGGAUCUAGUUUACUCCUGGCUAAUAGUCCCAUGUCACCAAAAAUUAUUAAUGGAAGUUUUGCUGCUAUUCAUGAUAUAGAAGAUUUGCUUGUUAGAGCUUGUUCUACUUUGAGAUUAGAGGAAAGUCCUGCGAUGCGACGACGAAUUAGAGGAAUAUUAAUGUCUGGAAAACAAUAUUCAUUGGAUUCAAGAAUGGAUUUGGUACAAGGUUUUAGUGCCAAUACGACUGAAAGAACUCUUACAACCUUGUCAGAAGGUUUGCCGCUUACUAAAGAAGAUCUUGAAGAAAAUAAAGAAGAAGAUUUGCACCUAUUUCAUCCAGAAUAUCAGCAAGUUUUGGUCGUACUUAAAAAAUGUCUAAAUGGAAUGACAACUCAUUGA